AAAUAGUAGUAUUUUUAAAAGUGCAUAAAGAGACCGACGGGUGGGCCGUUCCUGUGCUCUGGUCGGAUCCCCAAAUCGAAAUAUACCCAAAUUGAAUUUCCCCAAAAGCGAGAGGCAGAUUUUGUUGGAGAAAGAAAGGAUCUGCUGCAGGGGAAUUGAAGGAAGGAAGGAAGGAAGAUGAGCGUGGUAGAGAAAGAAAGCAUUGAAGUCAUCGCACAAAGCAUCGGCGUGACCAAUUUAUCCCCCGAUGUCUUGCCUUCUCUCGCCGCCGAUAUCGAAUACCGAGUUCGCGAGAUCAUGCAGGAGGCUAUAAAAUGUAUGCAUCAUGCAAAGCGGACUGCUAUGAUUUCAGAUGAUGUUGAUAGUGCUCUCGAAUUAAGAAAAAUGGAGCCCAUAUAUGUUGCUGCAUCUGGGAAUUCUUUGCGAUUCAAAAGAGCCACCAGGAGUAGGGAUUUGUUCUAUGUUGAGGACAAGGAUCUUGAAUUUAGAGAGGUGAUUGAAGCCCCUCUUCCAAAAGCCCCUCUAGAUACCACAGUCGUCAAUCACUGGCUGGCUAUUGAAGGGGUACAACCUGCUAUUCCUGAAAAUGCUCCACUUGAAGUGCUCGUAGCCCCGUAUGACAAUAGGAAACCUGAUUGCAAGGAAGACGACAUUAAAACUCCUGUCAAACAUGUGCUCUCGAUAGAGCUUCAGCUUUACUUUGAAAAGAUAACGGACCUCACCGUAAGUCGAUCAAACUCAGUUAUUUUCAACAAAGCGCUCUUGAGCUUGGCGACUGAUGCAGGGCUCCAUCCUUUGGUUCCUUAUUUCAUAUAUUUUGUUGCUGAAGAGGUGACUCGUAAUUUAAACAACUUCCAACUUCUUUUUGCUUUAAUGCGCCUUGUGAGGAGUCUUCUACAGAAUCCAUACCUGCACAUUGAACCAUAUCUGCACCAACUGAUGCCGUCUGUCAUGACAUGCCUCGUUGCAAAAAGCUUGGGGAAUAAGUUAACUGAUAACCACUGGGAACUUAGAAACUUUACAGCUAAUCUGGUGGCUUUAAUAUUCAGAAGGUUUGGGUAUGGCUAUCAUAAUCUCCAAUUACGUGUGACUAGGACUCUUCUUCAUUCUUUUUUGGAUCCAGCAAAAGCAUUUCCCCAGAAUUAUGGUGCUAUAAAAGGGAUGACUGCCAUCGGACCGCAAGUGGUUCGUAUGCUUUUGCUACCGAAUCUUGACCCGUAUCUACAAUAUAUAGAACCAGAAAUGCAACUAGAGAAGCAAAAAAAUGAGAGCAGGAGACAUGAGGCAUGGCGAGUGCAUGGGGCCUUAACGUGUGCAGCCGGUUUAUGCAUUUACCAUCAACUUAAGAUGAUUCCCAAUUUAUUAUCUCCACCUCUACAUAAUAGCACUUGGAAGAGAAAUGGGAAACUCGGGAUAGCAAACCCAAACAAACGGAAGGCGACGGGCAUGAUGGAUCAGCCACUUAAAAAAGUAGCAACACCUGAGGGGUCGCAUUUGGUUAAGGUAGAGAUGCAAGGAGGCAGCAGUGGGUUUUCAAUAACGCGUGGGGGCUCGGAUACUGGGUUACCAAGGUUUUUACCGAAUGACAACAUGCCAGGUGGUGGGAGAAGGGAUAGGUUCGGUCAAAUGUCUUCGGUGGCUGUGUCCCGAGCAUGGAAAAAGGAGACGAAUGCUGGACACUUGCUUCCCAAACUAUAUGAUCUUUUUGGUGAAAGCAUGUUUCCUUUUGUACCUUCACCAGAAUUGUGCAACUUUCACUUGUAAUUGUUGUUAGGUAAUAAAUAAAUAUGAAAUGUAAUGCAUCACAAUUUGAAACGUAUUCUUAAUUUUCAAUCUUCAACUCCUUUCCUUGCA